UGCGUCGUGUGGGAUCUUCCAACCAGGCUCUAACUCGCUCCGUCCUUCUGUCCGUCAGAAUCUUCUCCUUCCAGAAAUCCCACCACCGCCCAUCCAUCUGGACCGCCGGCAUUAGUUUCUGGUCUUCGUGCUUGCGCUUCCACCCGUCCUCCGGCGAUUCGCGCCCUAAAUCGGCCCUCUCCGACUUCACUCCCUUACAGUAGGAUUUCGGCCUCUGGGGAGUUUCCCGCCGAUGCUGAAAUUGAAGAGGUUUCAGACUUCCUGAAUUGGGAUUCAUCGCGCCAACACCGGCCGCGGCCGGGGUUUCACCUUUUAGCUAUGACUCAUCAGGCCACCUGAGACUUUUGACGGUGAUCUCGCAGUAAAGGAAGCGACGAUCUUCCUCCAUCCGACCUUCGAAUUCUGCGAGACUCCAAACAACAACAACAAAGCAAAAAAAUCUACUGUAAACUAGUGUCACUUGUACGCGAGGCGAUUCUGGAGGUAUAGGAAGACAGAAGCAAGAAAAAUGUCCAAGGUUAUAUACGAAGGGUGGAUGGUGCGGUAUGGGAGGAGGAAGAUCGGGCGAUCCUUCAUUCACAUGAGGUACUUUGUGCUGGAACCGAGGGUUCUUGCUUACUACAAGAAGAAACCGCAGGAUAAUCAGGUACCAAUCAAAACCCUUCUGAUCGAUGGCAAUUGUAGGGUGGAGGACCGAGGUUUGAAGACUCAUCAUGGGCUGAUGGUUUAUGUGCUAUCUGUCUACAACAAGAAGGAGAAAUAUCAUAGGAUCACGAUGGCAGCAUUUAACAUCCAGGAAGCUCUGAUCUGGAAGGAAAAGAUUCAGUUUGUAAUUGACCAGCAUCAAGAGUCCCAGGUGCCGAAUGGUAACAAAUAUGUCUCCUUUGAGUGUAAGUCGGGGAUGGAUAAUGGAAGGGCUGCUUCGUCCUCAGAUCAAGAAAGUCAGUUUAGUGCUCAAGAGGAUGAAGACGACUCUAAUUCGAAUUUGUUGCGGAGGACAACUAUUGGAAAUGGCCCUCCUGAUUCUGUAUUUGACUGGACUAGAGAAAUUGAUUUGGAAUUAACAAACCAGAAUGCUAAUGAUCAAGCAUUUUCUAGAAAGCAUUGGAGGCUGCUGCAAUGUCAAAAUGGUCUUCGCAUCUUUGAAGAGCUUCUUGAAGUUGAAUACCUUCCAAGGAGCUGUAGUAGAGCAAUGAAGGCUGUGGGUGUUGUUGAAGCUACCUGUGAAGAAAUAUUUGAACAAGUAAUGAGCAUGGAUGGGACACGGUUUGAGUGGGAUUGCAGUUUCCAGUAUGGCAGUUUGGUUGAGGAGGUAGAUGGCCAUACAGCAGUACUGUACCACAGGCUUCAACUGGAUUGGUUUUCAACGGUUGUCUGGCCACGCGACCUUUGUUAUGUACGUUAUUGGCGUCGAAAUGACGAUGGCAGUUAUGUUGUCUUGUUUCGGUCUAGAGAGCAUGAGAAUUGUGGUCCACAACCAGGUUACGUGCGGGCUCAUAUUGAGAGUGGCGGGUUCAAUAUUUCUCCUCUGAAACCUAGGAAUGGGAGACCCAGAUCACAGGUUCAGCAUCUUAUCCAGAUUGAUUUGAAAGGAUGGGGGGUGGGUUAUAUUUCAUCUUUUCAGCAGCACUGCCUCCUUCAGAUGCUGAAUAGUGUCGCUGGAUUGCGUGAAUGGUUUGCCCAAUCAGAUGAAAGAGGGGCUCCACCAAGAAUACCUGUUAUGGUCAACAUGGCCUCUGCUUCUAUUUCUUCUAAGAAGAGUCUAAAGUUGCAAGAAUCUUCUGUUCAUCAUCGCUCUGCUUCUCUUGAUCAAAUAAAUACGGCAGGCCGAAACUCAGCCAUGAUGGAUGAGUACUCUGACGAGGAUGAAGAAUUUCAAAUUGCUGAAGAAGAGCAGGAGGCUUACCUAAUAAGUCAGGAGAAUGAUGUGAAGAAAGCAGCUUCCGAAGAAGAACCUGGAGAUAAGAUUGACCUAUCCUGGUUUGUGGGUAAUCUACGCUAUGAUGAGCGAGAAAAUGCCCGCGAUUGCUGGAAAGUUUCUGACGGGAACAACUUUAGAGUGCGCAGCAAGAAUUUUUGUUUUGACAAAACUAAGAUCCCCGCAGGAAAACACUUAAUGGAUCUAGUUGCUGUUGAUUGGUUCAAGGACACAAAAAGAAUGGAUCAUGUGGCAAGGCGUCAAGGAUGUGCAGCACAAGUUGCUUCGGAGAAAGGACUCUUCACUGUGGUCUUUAAUCUGCAAGUCCCUGCUUCAACUCAUUACAGCAUGGUGUUUUACUUUGUGACGAAAGCAUUAGUACCUGGAUCUCUGUUGCAGCGGUUUGUUGAUGGAGAUGAUGAAUUCCGCAACAGUAGGUUCAAACUUAUUCCAUCAGUUCCCAAGGGCUCAUGGAUUGUACGCCAGAGUGUAGGAAGUACCCCAUGUUUAUUGGGGAAAGCAGUUGACUGCAACUACAUCCGUGGCCCAGACUACCUUGAAGUGGACGUCGAUAUUGGUUCUUCCACUGUUGCUAAUGGGGUACUGGGCCUUGUAAUUGGCGUUAUUACUACCUUGGUGGUUGAUAUGGCUUUCCUUGUACAGGCAAACGCUACGGAUGAGUUGCCGGAACGGUUGAUUGGGGCAGUUCGUGUUUCUCAUAUUGAAUUGUCAUCUGCAAUUGUUCCCAACUUGGAUCCAUCUUAAGAGUGACCUCUUGGUCUAGAAUAUAUUCUUGCAGACCCAUGUAUACCCAUUCUGUCCUCCAACUUUGCUGUCAUGAUUCAAUUUGGUAGUAUGGAGCAGAGAUGGUCCCUCAAAUCCAUCAAAUCCUGUCAAAUGGAACUAUCAUCUGGUUUCUUUUUGCCGCUCAUCUGGUAGUUUUUGCAUAGAAAUUUACUUUGGAAAGGAAGGAAAUCUAGUCCCAUAGUUACCAGCCUGUUCAUAGAAAUGUUGAAGUUCCUGUUCUUUCAUACAUUGCCAAAUUGUUUGGAUGGUUAAGUCUUUCUUUUACAUAUCUCUGUCAAGUUUUUCCUUCCAUGAAAACACUUCAUAAUAAUCCUUACAAUUCUUAUAGAUAUAGAUGGAUAGCAGAUUCAGUAAUCUGGUCCGCAGUCGUCAUCUCCUUGGCCAUCAUCCACAGGGUUGCCUUUGAACACAUCUUCAGCAUACAGCACGACUCCAUUGGCCACUGCGUACAGAUUCUUCCACCUCUGAACAGCAGCCGGGAUCGAGUCAUCGAUCAGACCGGCACCACCACGGUUCGUGAUCUUCACCAGCUCGCCGUCGCAGUUCUGAGAGUUAUCCAAAGCAGAAUGUAUUUCCAAACUCUUCGUCACGUCCCCCAGCCCUCUGGUCGUGAAGAAGAUGGCCGCAUCAUUAUAGUCGAGAGCACACAACUCCAGCGAAUGCUUGAACUUCGGGUUCUUCGCGUCUUUGCUGCUCAGAAUCUCGCCGAACAUCUCGCCCAAGACCUUCGACUCUUCCCUGGCGGCUUCCAUGACUAGUUCGGCCAGAGCUUUGAUGUCGUCGAACGCUGAUGCUGCUCCGGGAAUCGAUCGCAGGGUCGCGAUGCAGAGCGUCGGAUCGAUGUUGCUUUUCUUGCAAACUUCACCGACCAGGUUCGUUGCAGCAGCGGGGCUUGGAGCAGGCGCAGAGGCAGGGGCGAUCGCCAUUGGUGAAAAUAGUGGUCUAGCGUUCAUUAGUAGUGGAAGCUGCAGCAUGAUGAAGAUGGCCUGUGGAAUGAUCAAAGAAGGUGCAAUGGAGAAUCCCAUUUUUGUUGUUGUUUGGCAGCAAAGAAUGUGGAUGGUUGCUUGAUUUCUUUUACUGCUUGAUUGUGGCAGGGAGAGGAGAAUGUCAUUGCGUAUAUAUAGGUCGAUAGAUUUAUGGCGAACUUCGAGCGAGUUUCUGGAGAAGUUGGGUGUGUCCUCGUCAUAAGGUGUAGGUUGUUAUUACCGAUAAGCCGUGAAUUUGUUAAAUUAAACAGGGAACAAAUAAUAUUUUUGUGGUUCU